GAGCGCCUUAUUCUCGCUUCGAUAAAAUAAACCCGUCGAUUUUGGCCAUGGAAGCUUGCAGGCCCGGAAACCGCCCGUCGGAGGCUUGACCGAAAUAGUACGAGUGGAACAGGAACAAGAAGGAGCUCCGGCAGUCGCUGAAACGGGGAAUACGGAGGCGAGAGUGUAGACUUCCUCAAAUCGCGAGAGAGCUUUGUAAAGAAGGCGGUUGUUACACCGAGGGGUUUUCCUCCCCGCUAACGCCGAGCUCUUUUGGAAGAUAUUCGCCCGAAAUUCCUUUUAGGGUCGAGAGAAGCCCCCGAAGUGACGGCCAUCAAGCCUUAGCGGGCGCAGGGACACCGAGUAAUCCGGUAUAUAAGCCCUGGCGACGGAGGAGCGGGAAAUAGAUGCGUAGGGAGGCGCCACCCUUUCGUUCGGACUUCUCGGCUGGAGUCAUCCCACCGCACCCCUUUUGCCUUAAGAUUUGUCUUGUGUGAGAAGCGAAUUUCGGAAAAAUUGCGACGAUUCCCCGCUUACGCGCCGCUUCCCCUCCGUGGAGAAAGGCGGGGAGAGAGAGAAGAGGAAGAGGAAUACGCGCGGGAUAUAUUAGUGACGUGAAACCCUCAAAAUUGAAGUCAUAAUAAGGAGAGGGACAACAUCAUGGCGUGCUGUCUGAGCGAAGAGGCGAAGGAACAGAAGCGAAUAAACCAGGAAAUAGAGCGACAAUUACGCAAGGAUAAGAGAGAUGCCCGCAGAGAACUCAAACUACUACUAUUGGGUACUGGUGAAUCGGGGAAGUCUACAUUCAUCAAACAGAUGCGUAUUAUCCAUGGCGCAGGUUACAGCGAUGAAGACAAGCGCGGUUUCAUCAAGCUGGUCUUCCAGAACAUCUUCAUGGCCAUGCAGUCCAUGAUUAGGGCUAUGGAUCUCCUCCAAAUAUCGUAUGGGGAUUCAGUCAAUAGUGAACAUGCAGAUUUAGUACGUGCCGUAGACUACGAAUCCGUUACUACUUUUGAAGAGCCCUACGUCACGGCAAUGAAAUCAUUAUGGCAAGACACAGGCAUUCAGCACUGCUAUGACCGCCGUAGAGAAUACCAACUUACAGAUUCUGCAAAAUAUUAUCUUGAUGAUUUGGAACGUAUCAUUUCAUCGGACUUCUUACCGACCGAGCAGGAUAUUCUUAGGGCUCGAGUACCAACCACUGGGAUUAUUGAGUAUCCCUUUGAUCUGGACUCAAUCAUCUUUAGAAUGGUAGACGUAGGUGGUCAGCGAUCUGAGCGACGAAAGUGGAUCCAUUGUUUUGAAAAUGUCACUUCCAUCAUUUUCUUGGUGGCGCUGUCAGAGUACGACCAGAUCUUGUUUGAGUCUGACAAUGAGAACCGUAUGGAGGAAUCCAAGGCCCUUUUCAAGACUAUCAUCACUUACCCCUGGUUUCAACACAGCAGUGUCAUCCUUUUCUUGAACAAGAAGGAUUUAUUGGAGGAGAAAAUUAUGUAUUCACAUCUUGUGGACUAUUUUCCAGAAUACGAUGGGCCCAAGCAAGAUCACGUAGGUGCACGUGAAUUUAUUUUGAAAGUGUAUCUUGCGCAGAAUCCUGACCCAGACCGAAUGUGUUACUCUCACUUUACUUGUGCCACAGAUACUGAGAACAUCAAGCUUGUGUUCUGUGCCGUAAAGGAUACUAUCAUGCAGAAUGCUCUGAAGGAAUACAAUCUUGCUUAAGAGAACUUUCUGUUGCAUCUUCUGUCCUUCGUUAAUGAAAGAUACUGAAAAUAUUAGGUUUGUCUUCGCUGCAGUCAAAGACACCAUCUUGCAGCUAAAUUUAAAAGAAUACAACUUGGUGUAACGUAGAGCCACAACACCGCCAAUUGGGAGUAGACACACGAAGAAGAGGGAGGGUACCGCAGCACCUGCCCUCCUCUGUUGUUGGGGUGCUUGCCGAGGUCAUAACUUCCUCUACAAAAAAAAAAAAUAACAAAAACAAAAGAAAACAUAAACUUAUCUAUGUAAAUGAAGGCAUUCAAUUUUGUAUGUAAAAGUUUCAAGUGUCCCAAAUGAAUGAGUUGAUAUGAAGGCUCUUGAUAUUAUUCUUUUUCAUACAUAUAUUUUUUCCAAAGAUUUUGUGUGAGAGCCGCAAGUUUCCCUUCCAAGUUGAACCAUCCUUUUUGGGACAGCUUUUAGCUAUUUGCAAAAUGCCUGAUUUUAGAGGAUGUUUUGAUGAUGCCAAAGGGCCUUGAAAAUUAGUUCCAGUUUUUUGUAACGUACGCAAUUUCCAAAUCCUCACGUGCGUACACAGUGUUUGUUAACCUAAUGUCUCAAUACACCCGGAAAGGGGCGGUUCCCCAAGCCACGACUGGUUCUCCUUUGGGGCUAUUGCAAUGCUGCCAGUAACCGCCCCUACCCAUGUCCUGUGCUCAUUUACCAACGCUGCCAACGAGCCGAGUGCUCCCUGGUCGUAAUGGUGCUCCCAAAGCCCUGAUUCACGCAUGGGGAUGUGCGUGCCGCUUAAGCCACACACAGCCGCUGCUACAUGUGUGCAAUACGGAGCUGUAUUUUAUGUGUAGAGAAGAACCAUCAUGACAAAAUUUGAUGAUUUCUGACCCCAGCAGGAAAGUUUGCUUGCCUUACAGGUGAUUGUUAGGAUAUUUUUUGUGUUAAUAACUAACUUUGUAAUAUUAUCUAAUGUACGUUGACGUGAUAUGUAAAUGGCCAUGUGGAGUUCCCAUGGUGUAUAGGCCUGCAAAGUUUCUUAAUGGGGUUGAGAAAGCAAAGAGAGAAUGAGGUGUUAGCAGCCAUAUAAGAUUUAUUCACCUCGUAACGGAUCUGGACACUCUCUCAGUAAAUGAUGAUAAAAAGUAACAAACUUCUACUGGAAGCAAUCCAAGAAGAGCAGCCUAAUUGCCGAGAGUUGUAUGGCGUCCAGAGAGUGACAGUGAAGUGAGCAAGAGUAGGCAAACAUCACAUCGGAGCUGGAACAACGACAGAAGCAGUACUCGAGAAGACCAAGAAGCUGGAAUUUAUAGCAAAAAAAAAAAAAUGAAUGUGUGUGUGUGUGGUUUUUAUUGCCAUUAAUUUUGGGCCGGUCAAUAUUUGAGUAUGCCAAGGAAAUAUCUGUAAGAUUUGAAAAAUCUCACUGUUUGAACAUCAGUGCUUGUGAUAUGUUUGUAGCAAAUAUGGAUUUUACAUGUCUAUUGUUAGCCGAAGCUAUUCACCAUGGUGGAAGAAGUCCAUGCCAGGCACCGACAAUUCCCACCAAGUGACGCAGAAGGAAAUUGGCGAGGUGCUAAAGACUUGGCUCUCAGAUACAGUAUCUACUCUUGCGUCGAAAAGUGCAAUUCAAAGUUAGCCGACUCGGAGCUGAGACUUAAGACUCCUGUGGCUUAGCGAGGGUGAACCCCAGGACGGAUCACGUUUUGGAUCAUCCCUCAGCCAUUUACUGAUAAUCAGCUUGUACUGUAUGUGAGUGUGUACAAUGCAUCCUGGGGCACGAGGGUGUGCCUACAAAUGUGUCCAUCACUGUCCUGAUAGUAGUUUGAGAGGAUCAUGGUGAGUGGUGAUUGUUGAAUGAUGUUGAGAGUCGAAGACGGAAGCACUAGUCAGUGUGGGCCGGUUCCAACUUGAUCUGUUGACCGCUGCUCAUGUUACUUGUAUAUAUGUGUCUGUAAUAAUAACUUUUAGGUGUAUGGAAGGAGCCAGCUGGGAAGACUUCCCCUAGUGCUCCAAGAGAUAAAGGUGGCGAAAGUACGGAUGCAGAGUAAAUGAACUGACCAUGGACAAAAAAAUAAUAAAAAAAAUUAAAAAAAAUGUUCCAAAAGCUUGGCGCACCCUACCGAAAGGGCUGUGUGCUAAUUCUAGUCUCUGGUGCCAUCAUUUUUGGGCCGACGUGACAACCAACACGGAUCGGCUGCCGGUCAGGAAGACGGCCGAGCCGAAAUGGCAAAGUGGCUCACGAAGAAGCUUUGCCGGCAGCGUAGACUUAGCUCAAUCCCCCUGCCACGUGAAGUACGCAUGAAGCGUGCACGUGGCACGUGUGCUUCAGCUUACAUGUUGUCAUGUUUGUUGGGCUGCUUGUAUAAUUAGUUGGGAGACUAGUUUAUUACACACAGCCCUGGAAAUGAGCCUUUACCUUCCAAUCGUUUGUAUACUUGUUAUAAUUAUUAUUAUUAUUAUUCAGGUUGCAGAAUAUGUCAAUUUGUAGUUGUACAGAACAUUAAGGUAUUAUAUUUUUUUUUUCAUUAUAUUAAUUUUAUGGUCUUGAAAUGACAAGUUAAUUAAAUCAUGUGUAUUAAAAAAAAAAAAGACUUUGUCCCAUUAAAACCCUAACGUACCAAAGUUUAACUGAACUUUUAUUUUUGAGUGGCCGACACGUAGCGUGCAGAUGUGAGCGGGGGAGGCGACGACGUCGACCGCCCUUUUAUCGUCUUGCCCUGGCACACAGCGUUCAAGCCUGCUCCCGCCCUGCCCUUCUUGGGUCAUCCCCCGGCCCUGGGGGGCAUGGCGUCUCAAGGCCCCAGGGCAAGUUUGGUAUGGGGGGGCCAAGGCCCCAGUCUCCCCCCUGAAGGACCCGGGCCCCCCCUUGGUCAGUUGUUUUGGGAAAGGGCAACCAUUGGUGUCAAUGGUUGGCUGAUAAUGGUUGCCUCUUUUAUUUGCCCUGCCUCCUUGGUUGCCCAGCCACCACUCAGCGGUGCAUGGCUGGGCAUCUUGGACACAAGUGGACAGCAGGAGGUCUAACGUUAAAGGUCAACAAAACCCCUGCUGCUGUCUACCUGUUCACGUGUUCAUUCCGCUCGUGUCUUGCAUCGCUUCAACCACACCAACUCGGUACACUUGAUGUAAUAUUAUAAGCUUCUGAAAAUGAGGGAUUUGUGUUUUAAAAAUAAAUAUUUAUUGAAAUGA